AUGAAGGGCACUUCCAUUUUCCAAUUCAAGUCCUGGCCUAAGAUCCACCAGCCGUUGCCAAGGACGCCUCGAGAAUCUCAACAGCUGCUCAAUGCCCUCACGACCUCGUUCCGUCGUCAGUUAGACCAGGCCUAUCCCGCGGUCAGCCAUGACCGACUGCUGCCACAUCCCGAUUCAUCGGCGCAUGCCACCGAUUUACAUCUGCAGAAUAUCCUCGACAAUCCUCUGUUCCGUAUAGUUCCGGCCAAAGCCAGUCCUCAGGAAACCGCCGUGUUGCGAAGCAUAGAGGGACAGCGACGGUUAGCGGAAGAACCUAUGGUGGUUUUUGACGAACUCGCUGCCGCCGGUUCUGCCACUGCGGCCAAUAUCAAUGACUGUCUCAAGUCUCAGCUUCUUCUUGCCAGGUCUUCGGAAGAUAUGAGGGCUUCUCGGGCUGCGGGGAGAAUCGUAAAUUGGUAUUGGGCAUCAGAUGGCGCUUCUCGACAGUCACUUCUCCGUACUCGGUCAGCGACGAUCUCGUUGACCAAAUUCAUGGUUGCCGAGGGACUGCAGAGCACUGCCUUGAAGUGGCUGGAGACACUCAUGGUCAAUGACCUCGGCAGCAAAAACGGCAAGAUGACAGAAGGGCUCGCCAGGCAGACGUUCAGCCAUCUCCUCGUCGACCUUAUCGAUGCCGAGUUACACACCGGCAACGGAUUUAGCUCGGCAAUUGCAACCUACCUGCGUGUAUGCCAGAUGCAUUUCCAAGGCACCUGUUCUCAUAAAUCACGGAAACCAAUGCUCCUGGCCGCAGGUGCUCACCUCAGCCGUAUGGCCGUGGAGCAAAAGCCAGCGGAACAUGAGGUAUCCGAGGCAGUAUACGACCACUUCAAGGACGUCAUUUCCGUGUUAUCUCCCCGGUCUUUGUUAGUGGCAUCUGUAGCCAUCUGUCAUCCAACAACCCCAGAAGCCCGUCCAUUCCUUCAAUUCGUGGACAACCUGUCCCCAACUAAGUUCCAGGCUUGGAACGAGGUCAGACGAGAUGCAUUUUUCGAUAUUGGUACUGAGGCACUUAGGGUUCUCAUUGAGCAAAAGAGAUUCCGUGAUAUUUCCCGCCUGGAGCAAAAUAUCUCAGCUUUGCUGCCAGAGAAGCCCGCACCAGCAACCAACGAAAGAACUGAUACACAUAUUUCGGAUGAGGACCUCGCCCGCCUGAACUGGAACUUGACAUGA